UUAUAAAUUUAUUAUUUUUCAAAUCGGCCAGAUGUAUUCCAAGCUUCUCGUUCUAUUUGGACUCGCCUUAGUCCCAGGACUGGAGGCUUUGGGGACCUUCGAUCCAAAUGUCAUCUGCGGCCUUGUGGUGAACGGCACCAAGAUGAACGAUCCUCGGGCCUGCAACGCCUGGAUUCAGUGCAUCGACGGCACACCAGUUAGUGGCACUUGCAGCUCGGGAUUUUUUUACGACCGUGAGAGCGAGCAGUGCCUCGCCUCCGACACGGUAAAGUGUGUGUCCAGUGAUCCGUGUGCCGCGUUGGCCAAUGGAUUCACCGCCGAUCCGUACUCCUGCAACGGAUACUACUACUGCGUGAACGGCAAGGGAAAUCAUGGAGCCUGCAGUCCGGGAAUGAACUACAGCCCCGGUACAGAGGACUGCAUUCGUAAUUUUCCGUGCGCAGCCAAGAUGGAUCCGGACAGUAUAUGCAACAUCCUGCCAGACGGCGUAUUCAUCAAGGAUUCGACCAACUGCAACGGCUGGCAGAUGUGCUGGAACGGCCAGGUCCUGAACGGCACGUGUCCGGGCACCUUUUACUUCAGCGCCUCAGCGGCGGAAUGCGUUUAUCCAAAGGACGAGGUGUGCGCCUUCACCCCGGCUCCGGUGAUCGCUGACGAGGGCGUGUGCCCCCAAGCCGGAGUGUUUGUGUCGGACAAUAGCACUUGCAACGGCUAUUAUUACUGCCGGGAAUUGGCCGAUGGUGAGAUGUCCUUGGAGCAUGGCGUGUGUUCGGACGGGAGGUUCUUCGUAGCCACAGACGGUGGUGCCUGUGUGCCCCGGUCGAAGGUGAAGUGCGACUUUGAUCGGUGCGUGGGUCUGGGCAACUCCACGAUCCAGCUGGCCAACGAAUCGGACGACGGCUGCCGAGGAUAUUCUCUUUGCCAGGAUGGGAGUGUCAUCGGACAGGGCACCUGCCCGCAGGACGAGUACUUUGACGAGCUGAGUCAGCGGUGCACCACCCAGGUGAUAUCUUAUCCCGCCUGCCAGCUAUCAUCCGGCACCACCGUGCCCCCGGAGGCGGAGCCAACGGUCUGAGUGAUGACAUAUACGGUCUCGUGAGUUCCCUAACGCAAUCGUUUUUAAUUAGACACUUAGGUUUUUCGGCUGCUACAAUAAAUAAUACCUAAGUGCCCUCCUUAUCAAUAACGCAAUAACGAUUAAGUGAUCUUGCCGAGUGGCUUAGAUUUCCGUGAACCGAUUGGCCGAAACGCCGAGCACAGCGUUUUUACUCCAUGCCGAUAGUUGGAGCCAUGAUGUCAUGCCGGAGAGAGUGGAGAACCCAUUCAGGUGUACGAAGGUCUAUAUUGACUGAUAAAGGCACAUUAACAGCUGGGGAAAAAAACCGCAACAUGCCAAUAAAAGUUUUGCACGGAAAAAUACU